GUCUGCACUUUCAUCGAGUCUUCAAGUCGCUGAUUCACUGUGAAUGCUCCGCCUCGCGGCCCUUUCCGAGUAGGACCGGCUGGCCGAAGCCCCUCUGCAAUUCGCCCGGCUCCCACGCCCACUUUUGCCGCGUUGCGCCCCUUGUCGCCUUGCAAGACGCGAUGGAGCUUGCGUGAGGAGCGACCACAUCAGAGCUGUUCGAAACAAGCUUUCGAUCGUCCGCUCGCGAUCGUCGGAGUUGCAAAGGCGUGAUGAGGGCCUCACAAUCAUGUACGCUUGAGAUGCGCGUGCCAGGUUGACAUUCGUACCGUACAGUAGAGGCGUGUAAAUCGCACCGCAAGCACGCAACACCGAGAAGAAGCUUUCACCUGCCGCUUCGAUGCAAUGCAGCGAGCGCGGCUGUGCAUGGAUCUGCAGCGGCUGUUUCCAUUCACACUUGCCUUGCCGUCCGUCGCACGCACGACCCCGCGGGCUUGAAGCGACUGUGCGGAGAUAUUGCCACGAGCCGUGGAGGAAGGAGCAAAAACAGCAAAUUUCGGUUACCACCCUAUCCGCCUUUUCUCAUUCCCCUCCGCUUUACGCCGCGAUCGAUGCACGGACCUCCAAUCCUUUGCUAUGGCUGGUCAGAGGACCGGCCUUUUGAUCCUACCCAUCCAGUCUUUCAAGUGCCUCGACGGUGCUCCCAAUCGAUGACGCAGUGCGCGAGGGCAUCAGGACUGCCGCCGAGCAAUUCACGCUUACCCGACGCGAGGCGAGGCCCGCUAUUCCACCGUUCGUCCAAACUUCACGGCACUCCUUGACUCCGUGACUCCGGUUGAAGAAAGGAUUUGCUGGUGCGCUAGCUCAUACGUUUGCCCGAGCAUCAGGGUCGACAUGGAAUUUGUGCAGGUUCAGCUUUGGUACUCACGUUUAUUAUACUGCAAGCUGAGACUUGGCAAGAGGCAGCGAGAUCGCCAAACCAAGGCUGCCUACCCUUUUUGUGAUGGUCAAGAUGCGAUCGUCACAUUGCCAGAGCCGUUCAAUCGAUCGCGCUGGCACUCGCAAGAUGGGAAGGUCCUUUGCGCUGUGCUGACAAUCGCGAGUACGUGGCUCUCAGUGCUGCACAGCCUUCCAGAUGAGAUGCGCAGCCGAGCGAGACCGUCGCCGUGAUGAACGUGCACAGCCAGAAUUGCGUUCAAUUAAGAACGAGUCCGCCAGAAUUGCAUUCAAUUAACAACGAGUCCGGGCUUUGUGUGGGCUGCGGGAAUGCAAAGACGCACAAACCCGGACAAUUGUAGCGCUGCGCCCAGCUCUACUUAGAAACUCUUCGCAGCGCGCUAGCAAUGGCACGUUUGUCGUGGACAGCCAUUGUUCGACACUUGGACAAUGCGAAGUUUGUCCGUGCUGCACUUUCCGUCAGGCACGGGACCAAAGUGCAUACACAAGCUCGGGCUUGAGCUACUUCUGGGGUCGAGCACACCAUUUACGCUCUCGCCUCUCGAUUGUCGCUCAGACACUCGUGCUGCGCUCCUCGACUUGAGCCGCCGGCUACGUUGUAUCCAACAUUCAAAGUGAGGUCAUUCUCGAUCUCGAGGUCAUUGCUCUGCGCAGCAAGCUGACCCAGACAAUGACGGUUUCCCCUUCGAUUUCUCCCAAACGACCUUCAAAAAGCGCUUCUUCGAGAAAUUCCCUUUUGCAUUCCACACUACCAACCCCUCAUCCACACGCAUCAUGAGGUCGUAUCUAGACGAGCUACCAUUACCUCUGUUGGAAGCCGCGGGCUGCUCC